UUUUAUUAUAAUGCUUAACGCUUGGACUCGUGCUAUUAUAAGUUUGAUAUAAUGGUGUUUUGUGCUUUCUUUGUUAGAAUAAAUGAUAAAGCUGUAUUUUUUUUAUCGAAUUUUACAAAAUGAAAUUGUAUCGAACGAUCAGGCAAUCCGGAACUUCGCCAAGAGCCUCGAGUCGGCGUUGGCGGCGGGCGCGACGGACGCCCCGGCGGCGGCGGCGCGCGCGCAGGCGGCGGCCGCGGCGGCGCUGGCGGCGGCGCUGCGGCGGUACACGUCGCUCAACCACCUGGCGCAGGCCGCGCGCGCCGUGCUCGCCAACCACCACCAGAUACAGCAGAUGCUGUCAGACUUGAACCGCGUGGACUUCCGAGUGGUCCGCGAGCAGGCGGCGUGGGCGUGCUCGUGCGGGAGCGCCGCCACCGCGCAUCGGCUCGAAGCUGACUUCAAGGCGACGCUGGGGCGCGGCGCGUCGCUGGAGCAGUGGGCGGCGUGGCUGGAGACGUGCGUGCGGGACGCGCUGGCCGCGCACGAGCGCCGCGCCGACUACACGGCGCGCGCGCGCCGCCUGCUGCUCGACUGGUCCUUCUACUCCUCGCUCGUCAUACGCGAGCUCACGCUCAGGUCUGCGGCAUCGUUCGGGUCGUUCCACCUGAUUCGUCUGCUGUACGACGAGUACGUGUCGUACCUGAUUGAGCGUCGCGUCGCUGCGCACAACCGCGCGCCGCCCAUCUCCGUCAUGCAACGGCCCAAGGAGGAUGAGGAGGAGUUGACCGAGGAGGGCGGCGCGGGCCGCGAGGAGGUGGACGACGAGGAGCACGAGUGGGAGUGGGGCGACGACUCCGACGACGACGACGACUCCGGCGACAUCAAGAAACCCAAGCUCAGCGACUGAACACAGGUCAGUGCACGCCAGGUUUCGUAGUGAUAAUGACCAUUCAUAAUUAUUUUGAUAAAGGUACAUACUUUGAUUUUUGUACUUUAGGGCUUGUUAUUAAAAGUUAUCUUUAAACAACUAUCAAAUAUGGUUUUUCUGAUAGAGAUAAAGAAAAGUAUUAAAAACCCCCCCUUUUUUUAAAUUUUUUAAUGUUUUCAUUUAACUGUUUGUUCAAUGUGAUUUCACAAGUAUUUUUUUUUUGGUUAGUUGUUAUAAUUUAAAACAACAAAAAUAAAAGUUUAUUUGAUUAUUAAUGCCUUUAUGUAUUUAAUAAAUUGUUGCCUGUAACUACGGAUAAUUAUCAGAUAUUUAUAAUUAACUUGAUGAUGACCUAUUUUUGCAUACUAAUAACAAUAGAUGCAUCUGGAAUAGUCCCAUCACUAGAAAAAGGUCUCCCCCAAAUAUUUCAUCGACGGUCGGUUGCCCGCGCUCGUCGUCCUACGCUUCUCGAUCCAGACCAGCAAGUUUACUCUUGAACUGAAUCGCGAUCCAUCGACAUUUCAAUUGUGACGUUUCGUUUUAUGACUUUUGCUUUGGUACCCUAGCGCAAAUUAGCUAUAUUGCGUGGCUAUUGAAUGAACUAAUACUUACUUACUCGAAGUUAGUAAGUAUUGAGUUUUUGUUUCGAUUACAAGCUGAUUUGAUGAAAAUUAAGAUCGUGAGAUGGUCAUUGGAUUGGAUUGAAAUUGACAUUGAAACUGCGUUCAAGAGUAAGCCUGCAGAUCGUCGGUCAAUCUAGUGGGAGACUUGCUAUGUAUGGUCGCCACUCUAGGAUUUCACUGCCCCAACCGCCAUGUAUUCUACGAGCUACGUGUCCUAAGCAUUGCCACUUCAGGCUAGCAAUUU